UGGCGAAGUACCACGAGCCUGCUCUGACUUGCAGGAGUGGGCGGGGCGGAGAGUUCGGCUUUCUGCCUAUAAUGCCUGACGCUCGAGGUGCUGGUGUACCCGGGCCUGCACAGUCCCGGUGCGGAGCGGGAGCUGAGCGGAGGCGGAGAGAUGGCGUCUCAGCCUCCCCCUCCCCCGAAACCCUGGGAGACCCGCCGAAUUCCAGGAGGUGGGCCGGGACCGGGACCCGGCCCCACUUUCCAAUCUGCUGACUUGGGUCCUGCUUUAUUGACAAGACCUGGACAACCAACACUUACCAGAGUGCCCCCACCUAUUCUUCCAAGGCCAUCACAGCAGACAGGAAGCAGCAGUGUGAACACUUUCAGACCUGCAUACAGUUCAUUUUCGUCUGGAUAUGGCACCUAUGGAAAUUCAUUUUAUGGAAGCUAUAGUCCUUAUAGUUAUGGAUAUAAUGGGUUGGGCUAUAACCGCCUCCGUGUAGAUGAUCUUCCACCCAGUAGAUUUGUUCAGCAAGCUGAAGAAAGCAGCAGAGGUGCAUUUCAGUCCAUUGAAAGUAUUGUACAUGCCUUUGCCUCUGUCAGUAUGAUGAUGGAUGCUACUUUUUCAGCUGUCUAUAACAGUUUUAGGGCUGUAUUGGAUGUAGCAAAUCACUUCUCCCGAUUAAAAAUACACUUUACAAAGGUUUUUUCAGCUUUUGCAUUAGUUAGGACUAUAAGAUAUCUUUAUAGACGGUUACAGUGGAUGAUGGGUUUAAGAAGAGGCUCUGAGAAUGAGGACCUGUGGGCAGAAAGUGAAGGAACUGUGGCUUGUCUUGGUGCAGAGGACCAAGCAGCUAACUCAGCAAAAUCUUGGCCAAUAUUUUUGUUUUUUGCUGUUAUCCUCGGAGGUCCUUAUCUCAUCUGGAAACUUUUAUCUACCCACAGUGAUGAAGUAACAGACAACAUCAACUGGGCAAAUGGUGAGGAUGACCAUGUAGUUGCUAGAGCAGAAUAUGAUUUUGCUGCUGUAUCCGAAGAAGAAAUUUCUUUCCGUGCUGGUGAUAUGCUAAACUUAGCUCUCAAAGAACAACAACCCAAAGUGCGUGGUUGGCUUCUGGCUAGUCUUGAUGGUCAAACAACAGGACUUAUACCUGCGAAUUAUGUCAAAAUUCUUGGUAAAAGAAGAGGUAGAAAAACGGUGGAAUCAAGUAAAAUUUCUAAGCAGCAACAAUCUUUUACCAACCCAACACUAAUUAAAGGAGCCACGGCUGCCGAUUCUUUGGAUGAACAGGAAGCUGCCUUUGAAUCUGUUUUUGUUGAAACUAAUAAGGUUCCGAGUGCACCUGAUUCCACAGGGAAAAGUGGAGAUAAACAAGAUCUUUGAUAUCUUUCAUAUUUGAGUGCAGUUGAACAAUACUUUGGAAUUCUUUUUAAAAUUAUUUCUUACAAAAAAUUAAUCUACAAUUGAAGGAAAAUAUUUGUUAUUAUCUAUUCCAGGUGUUUUGCUGCUAGAAAUUAUUAAAAGUUCUAAAUGGGAAUUAUUAAAGUUCUAUGUAUUUUACACUAGUUGGUCGAGUGACCUGGUUAUACUUUACAAUUUAUUGGACCAUGAGGUGGGCUUUUAAGAUUAUGGAAAGCUUGUCAUUUUCAUCAUAUUUAAAUCCUAAAUUUAUUUGAAAAAUAAGACUGAUGAAUUAUAGAAUGCAUGGUUUACAACAUAAGGGAUCAUUAGUGCUUCUAAAAGUUCUAGAUUAAUUGAAAUCUUUAGAAAUUGGGUGAUAACAAAUAUGAAAACAGACAAAAAGUCUAAUGGUUUAUACUCUUAGUAAACUGAAUAAUAAAAAUUUUCUGAUCUGUGUUUUAUCCAGUGUUAGGUUUACUUUAUGUAGUAGUAUGUUUUUACCCACAGUUGACAUUAUCUUUUCUUGUAUUUAUAAAAAUUCAACUUGAAAAGGUCAUUAGAAGCUUAAUGAAGGAAAUGGUUCUACAAUGAUAGAGUAUAAUUCUUAUCUUUGCAAUACAACUAGUUUUCAUUCUGGAUAAAUCAAAAUAUAUGAAAGAUUUACAUUUUUCUCCAACAAAGACUCAAGUCUUUUGAGUUUGUACUUAAUGAUAUGAUCAGUUCUAAUAGUAAUGAUUUUUAAUCUUUUCAUAUAGUCUCUGCUUCUACCUAGUACAGAAAUUUCAUAUUCUGGAUGUUCAUUAACACUGAAAAUGUGUCAUAUUGACUAUGCAUUUCUUUUAGAUUUAGUUUUUACUCCUGAAACUAUAAAUAAAAUAUUCAUUUGCCAUUUAGAA